CUGAUCCAGUUACUACAGUGCUAGUGGUGAGCUAGUGGUGGGUGAGUGUUGUGGUAGAAUCCAUUGGAAUGGCCAGUGCAGGUGUGAAUGAUGUACCCUCUGGCAAUAGUGAGCUGCCAGAUAUAGAGGUGCAGAUUGUGGAUGACAGAGCCUCAAAAAGCCCUACACCAAAUGGCAACUCGGACCCACCAUCAUACAAAUCCCUAGUUCCCACUCGAUACCAAAAGCGUGUCACUGAAGAUGAUCCUGAACGAGAGACAGCUCGGGAGGAGAGGCGGGCCAAAGCCAGAGAGACAAGAAGGACUCGACGUACUGUAAGGCUUCAGCAAGCAGAGCAGCAGGAAGAGAAGCCCCAAGUGAAACUGCAGCCCCGCAACAGUGAGACCCAUCUCAAGUUGGAGGUGAGCAGUGAAUCAGACGCCUCCAGUGUGGAUGAGAACUAUGACGUGGCCUCUCUGGCUGAGUCCAUUGACGAGGAACUCACGUGGCGCGGCCGUAUGCAGUCAGUGCUGCACAACCACUGGCUCCACCUGGUCAUUAUCAUCCUAGUGGCUCUGGACGCCUUUAUCGUCAUCUUUGAACUAUUGCUCGACAUUGGAGCUUUUGAAAAUCGGCCAUGCAGUGGAGAGGGUAUCAUUGGACAGGCCCAGAACUGCCACUACCAGAUGCCUGCAGUGUGUCCACCCCAUGCCAGGAUGAUUCUGGAGAGUAUCAACAUCAGUAUGGCCACACAUGUGGGGGCAGAUAGUGAGCUUUGUCGCUGUGGCUUCAGUGAAGGGAGAUACAUUUGUCUUCUACCGGGCAUGAUGAGUGGAGUAAACCCUGCCGUUGUUCUACAUGUCUUCUCCAUUCUCAUCCUCACACUCUUCUUGUUUGAGAUUCUUUUAAAGAUGGUUGCUUUUCGUCUCAAGUACUUCACUCACAAGUUUGAGGUGUUUGACGGAAUGAUCGUAUGCAUCUCGUGGACCCUGGACAUUGCUUCAAUUGUUCAAGAGGAAGCUUUUGAAGCAGCUGCUCUGCUUAUUGUCCUCAGACUGUGGCGAGUUAUCAGGAUUGUUAAUGGUGCUGUCUUGACAAGCAAGACCCAAUCUGACACCCAGUUGGGGAAGGCUAAACGGGCGGCAAAGAUGGUCGUCCAUGCCCUUCACAAGGCUCAGGACAAAAUGGAUGAAUUUGAGGACGAGAACACACAUCUAAAGAGUGAGAUUGGCAUCCUGAAAGCAGCAGCUUCUGGUGGUGGAAAGUACAAAAAGAUGAGGAGUAACAGUGAUGAGAGUGGGGACGAUGACACUCGACUCUAGUUUUAAAGUGACUGACUUUGUGACUUACGUACAUCAUUCAUAUAAUUUUUGUUUUUAGUGCCUUUAAUUUAAUUAAGAAAUGGAUAUUGUUGGACGUA